CAUCUGAAACCUUAGCCACCACCAAAAUCUAAACAUGGUCCUGUGCCUGCUCCGUCCCUUCAUCCAUCCAGACUUCCAUGGGGUCCUCGCAAGGAUGUCCCUCGGCGAUAAGCUUAGUUUUCUGUUCGUGCACACCUUGGAUAGGCUGAAUUUAUGGCACAAGCUCUCGGAGGACUUACAAGGAUACCGGCAAGCAGUUCAACUUGAUAGCAGCUUCUUGGAUUCAGUUCAUGGUGCAUGACUGGAUCGACCAUCUUGAGGACACUCAGCAGGUAGAACUUACAGCUCCACCAGAAGUGGCUAAUGAAUGCCCACUCAAGUCAUUUAAGUUCUAUCAAACAAAGGAGAUUGGGACUAAUAGAAAGGGGAUUAAGACUGGCCAUAAAAAUAUCCGGACCCCCUGGUGGGAUGGAAGUGCUAUUUAUGGGAGUGAAGCAAAGAAGGCAGCAAAGGUGAGGACCUUUGUCGAUGGGAAAUUGAAGAUUGGAGCUAACAACCUUCUGGAACAUGACAGCGAAGGAAUAGCUAUAUCCGGAGACAUCCGUAAUAGCUGGGCUGGAGUGUCAACUUUGCAAGCCCUUUUCAUUAAAGAGCAUAAUGCUGUCUGUGAUGCACUUAAGGCAGAAUAUCCCAAUUUAAGUGAUGAAGAGUUGUAUCGCUAUGCUAGACUGGUGACAUCUGCAGUAAUUGCAAAGGUUCACACAAUUGAUUGGACUGUAGAGCUUCUUAAGACUAACACAAUGAAUGCAGCGAUGCAUGGAAAUUGGUAUGGAUUGUUAGGAAAAACUAUUAAGAAUAUCUUUGGGAACAUAGGGGGACCAGUUUUUUCUGGGCUUGUGGGAUUGAAGGAGCCAAACAAUCAUGGAGUUCCAUAUUCCUUGACCGAGGAGUUCACAGGUGUUUAUAGAAUGCACUCACUUCUUCCAGACAGCCUCAAACUUAGGAACAUCGAUAGCAAUCCCGGACCAAACAAAUCUCCCGAAUACCUUGAAGACAUCAAAAUGGAGGAUCUUGUCGGCAUAAGAGGAGAAUCAACUUUAAGCAAGGUUGGAUUUGAAAGGCUGUUAGUAUCAAUGGGCCACCAAGCAUGUGGUGCUCUUGAGCUAUGGAACUACCCUUGGUUCUUCAGAAACCUUGUUCCACAAAAUGUUGAUGGAACUAAAAGGCCAGAUCACAUGGACAUGCCCGCCCUUGAAGUUUAUCGAGACAGGGAAAGAAGUAUACCAAGGUACAAUCAAUUCAGAAGGGGCUUACUAAUGAUUCCCAUAUCCAAAUGGGAGGAUUUAACUGAUGACCAUGAAGCAGUUGAAACUCUGAGAGAAGUAUAUGGUGAUGAUGUUGAGAAGUUGGAUCUUCUAGUAGGUCUUAUGGCAGAGAAGAAAAUCGAGGGAUUUGCCAUCAGUGAAACUGCUUUCUUUAUUUUCAUUAUAAUGGCAUCAAGGAGGUUGGAAGCUGACCGUUUCUUCACAAGCUAUUUCAACGAAAAGACAUACACAAAGAAGGGCUUUAAGUGGGUAAACGCUACAGAGAGUUUAAGAGAUGUCAUCCAACGCCACUAUCCAAAUAUUGCUGAGAAAUGGAUGAAUUCUACCAGUGCUUUUUCUGUGUGGGAUGCUGCACCAAACUCCUUCAAUCCCAUCCCUCUCCUUCUCCGGUGUCCAGGUUAAGAACAACAAUGGCCAUGAACUAGUUGUUGUUCGUGUGUGCACUUUAACAGACUAAGAGUUGCUAUGGAAGGAUGAAUCUAUUCUUUCUGGUUGUUUCAGAAUAAUUAAGAUGGGAGGGAUCGUCAUUUAUGAGUCUGUAAAAUUUGUUACUCAAAAAAUUAAAGAGUCCGUAAAAUUCUUCAUCGAACAAUCUAAUAAAUUAUCUCCGAAUUUCACCACUAA